AUGAGCGACGUUCGACCUCGUUGGCCUUGCGCCAAAUUGAAGCAGAGGAAGUCCAGACCCGCGCCGUACGAUGGGUCGCCGCAGCCGAACCUCAAACUAAUGAACAACAGCGAGCGAGGCAAUCACGGUGCACCGGUUCGGUUGGCUGUGGACGAGAAGGACGCGUCCGCCUCGCUUGUGGCGCAAUCCACCAGUGCGCAGAGAGGCUUCCUGAACGCCGUCAUGAAUGACAACGUGCGCUUCGGCGAGUUCCUGGGCGUGGAGCUGCUGCUGGACCAGUGGGAGCGCUACUCGCUGUAUCACGCCGCCAUCGACCAGUACGAGGAAGGCCCGCUGGUAGUGUCUAUUACGGCCGACCUGCGCGUGUGCUACUCGCGUCGCACAAUCGAGGAGGUGUUUCCGCACUUGAUCGGAGAUGAAGAGCUCAUACAAUCGCUCAUCGGACUGGAGGUGACAUACCCUAGCAUCAACCACUUCCACUUCGGCAAGGACGGCAAGAUCGAGUGGUACGCACCAGAGGCGGACUUUGUCGGCGCACUGAUGAAUGUAUUGAAGAACCCGAUGCUCGUGGCUCGUGUCAUGGGGAAUGCGCUGAUCACGAAAGGGCACAUGAUCGGCGACGAGAGCGACGGCCGCCAGCUCCCUGCGGCGGAGCCUGUGGCAGCACCAAUCGCUUUUGCUACCAAUAGUGUCAGCGAUAUUCCACUUGAAGACGCGCUCGAUGCAGAAUGCCAACACAUUGGGUCAAGCACAAAGUACGACGUGGCCAUCGUGAGCCGUUCCUCGAGUCGCCACCUUGUCAACUGA